AUGGUUCCUGCUGGCGCCGAGGGUCAUAUCCAUGUAAGAAUUCAACAAAGAAAUGACUGGGAGACCCUCACUACUGUCCAGUGGGUCACCGAUGGUUACAACAAAAAGAAAGCGGUGGCGUCAUUGAAGAGGAAAUUUGCCUGCAAUGGUACUGUAAUUGAGCAUCCAGAACAAGAAGAAGUAAUUCAGGUACAGGACAAGCAGUCCGGAACAUACCAGUUCCUCCCAGAGACUGGGCUGGCUGCAACCAUCAGCUGAAGGUGCACGGAGUUUUAAAUGCAUGUGGCUCUCUGAAGUUUCAGCCAGUAUUUUCUCGAAAU